AUGGAGGGGUCCGGGACUCUUCCUGAACCCAUUUUAAAUAUUCAACAAUCUCUACGCUCUUAUAUCAAGCCGAGGCAGGAAGUUGCUCAUGUCCGGCGCAUUUUGGCGUCCAAUUUGAACUCCAGCCUGAACCCAGCAGGGGAGCGUCACUUGCCACAACCACUAUCGCUCGUAGAUUCCUCCUGCCUUGUUGAUUCGACAGUUCAAGGGCCUAGAGGGAUUCGAAAAGAGUACAUUCGAUGUGUUCGAUCAAACAUCAAUGCCCGAAGAGAAUAUGCUCAAGUCGGCAAGGAUCAUAACAUCAAGACCGUGGGUCGAGAUCCGAUGAAACGUUUAUCUGAUGAUUCUACGGCGAAUUUCCUUGAUCUCGUUAAACAAGAGCAAAAACACGAAGUUCUACGCAUAGUCCAGAGUUAUAUUGAUAUGCUGAGCAAGAAACCGGCUGCUACUGCCCACCGCCUGGAUCCCAAACUAGUGCUGAAGAACGUGGAAUCUCUUCCUCAAAUCCCGCCCGAGGUUAUGAACGUCCCAGGAGCCUCCGAGCGGUCAGGGGGUGCGGAUUUGAACGAACUGGUAGAUCAGCUCGAGAAAUCGGUUCUCCGAGCUAAGAUGCUCCUAAAACGAGAACAGAAGUUGCUCACAGGAGUCAGGUCGAGACAAGAAACUUCAAAAACCAAUCAAGCCUCCAAGUUGCGGGCUCUUGGAACAGCACGAAAUGAACUGAUCCAUUGGAUUGAGACAGAGCUUUCCCGGGCUGGCGAAAGCUCACCAGAGGUGGACGAACCCGUUCAUGUCUCGGAACCUGAGAUUGUGGGCAGGGAAUAUAUUGACAAUCACCUCACAGCAAUCCGCCAACAGUACGCUCGGUAUACGGAAGGGAGACAGGCGCUACUGAACGCAACUACGGGGCAACUGGACAACCCAUCUGGAACUGCGACUGAUGAAGAUCCUGAGCUACCCUUGGGAACAUUUGAGAGUCCUGGCAACGAGAACGCCAUGAGCCACAUUACAUACCCAUAUCUGGAGAAACUACUGUCAGUCUCAAAUGAACAGAAGGCUACAAUUCAACAGAAAUCUCACCUCACAAUCGGCCUGGCAAAGCAACAGAAAGAGGCCGGCCAAGAUUUAGACCGUCUCGCUGAUGAGAGCCAUCUACUGCGUGCAUACCCAGUACCUAUUAAGGCUUCGCGACGUAGUGGUAUGGAAGUCUCGAGCUCAUUCGCAGAAGGGAUGUCAAACCUUGAGAAGCCAGAUUCCUCCCAACGAGUUCAACCAUGGGUACAUGCGUCUGGUUCAGCUGCAACUGCUACAAAAGCUGCUAUAUUGGAGAAAUUGGAUGAGGGAAGCAUGGCAAUCGACGGUACUCAGCAAAUUUUCCUCGACCUUCGGCGCCUGUUAGGUGAUGACAGUGGAGCCUCCAAAAAUGUCACGGAUCGUGCAGAUUUGAGACAUGCAUCAACAUCAAGAGAUAUGUGGGUAGAAAUAGAUGGUACCCUGGGGGCUAUCAAACAUGAAGAGUAA